AUGUUCGCCUUCCGUCCCUAUCCGCUUACUCUCCUCCCUCCUUUCCUCUCCUCUCACCACCCUCCUCCAACCGCCCUCCCUCCCUCCCUUCCUCUUCCACCCCUCUCACCACCCUCCUCCACCCACGUCACCUCACACAAAAACCUUCCCUCCUCCGUCCUCCGUUUCGACCUCCUCUUCCUCCACCUCUGCCUCUGUGCGGCUACUGCUUCGACAUCAUCCUCACCAAGCCGUCCUCAAUAUGCCGCCUCCUGCAUCCGCACCCGGUAA